AUGGUAGACGAGGUUGGUUCUGAAAAGCAGCCUAGGAGAAACUCUCUCCAUCAGCGCAAUAUGCUUUUGAGUAUGAGGCUGAAUAGUGUUCCAGGAAGAGAAAGCUUCGGUGCCACUUCUAAGAAUGUAGGAGGUGCACAAUCCGGUACAAUUAGGAAACCUUGGAGGGUGACACUAUCCAGAGGAAAUAAUAGCGCACGUUUAAAUACAAAGAUUCCGUCUCCAGUGAAGCAGAAAAAUGCUCAAGUUGUCGGUGGGAAGCCUGUAGUUGACAUGGCAGAAUACAGACAAGGCUCAAAGAUCCCUUCUCCUACCAGGAUGAAAGGAAACAAGUAUCAUUCACCGGUUAAAGCAGAGUCAAUUAAAACAUCAAAUAUUCAAAAGUCGAUAGCCCCAUAUCAGUCUUUGUCACUCGAUGACUUUGACAUAGGUAAGAAACUUGGGAAGGGGAAAUUCGGUAAAGUUUAUUGCGUGCGCCACAGACGAACGGGAUUUAUUUGCGCACUCAAGGCUAUGAAUAAGAAGGAAAUCGUACAGUAUAAUGUGCAAAAGCAGUUCAGAAGAGAGGUUGAAAUUCAGUCAUCUCUCAAGCAUCCAAAUCUUACCAGACUUUAUGGGUACUUUCACGAUGAUAAGCGCGUAUAUCUUCUCAUGGAGUACCUUGUUAAUGGCGAGCUUUACAAGCAUUUACGCGCUAACGGUCCGUUCAAUGAUAUAUUGUCAUCACACUACGUGUAUCAAACUGCUGACGCUUUGGAUUACAUGCAUGAGCGGCAUAUACUACACAGAGAUAUCAAACCCGAAAAUAUACUCCUGGGAUUUCAAAAUACAAUCAAGCUGACGGACUUUGGUUGGAGUGUCACAAAUACUGAGGGAGUAAAACGUAAGACAUUAUGUGGCACCUUAGAUUACCUUUCUCCAGAGCUCAUUAAAUCGAAAGAAUAUGAUGAGAAGAUUGACGUCUGGGCAUUAGGAGUGUUGGCUUAUGAAUUGCUUGUGGGAACACCGCCUUUUGAAGAAAACUCGAAAGAACUCACAAAGAAGAGAAUAACUAGAAGGGACUUGGUGUUUCCUGCUCAUGUUUCGAUAGAUGCCCGAGACCUGAUAAGCAGACUGCUUGAAUAUGAACCGACAUCUAGAAUAUCCCUGAAAGAUGUGAAGUCUCAUCCUUGGAUAGUCAAAAAUUGUCCCUAUUGGUAA